CGGUGGGGGGUUAAGGGGAGCUGAUGUUCUGUUGGUCUGGAGGGUCCCUGUAUCCAGGAAGAGGAUAUGAGAAGAGCAGCUUUGCAGGUAGAGCUUCCCAACUGAGUACCAUGUAAAGGUCUGACAGAGCCCCUUGAUUCGUGGGACAGGAGAGACGUCCCUCUUUCAGUCCAGAAGGGGCAAAUUCUUUGAACGUUUUUGUCUGCUUCAGUAGGCUCUUAAAAUAUCGUCUUUACCUGAACCACAGGGGCACGUGCCUGAGCCAGUUUGCCCACUGUGGGGAAAGGAAGUCUCAGGAGGCAUUCCACGCGCCAUGGAGAAACCGUGGAAGUGUGGGGAUUGCGGGAAAGGAUUCCGCUCCCCCUCCAAGCUGGAGAUCCACCGCCGUGUCCACACCGGGGAGAGGCCGUUCAGCUGCUCGGUGUGCGGGAAGGGCUUCAGCGACUCGUCCACCCUGCUGACCCACCAGCGGGUCCACACCGGGGAGCAGCCCUUCACCUGCUCGGUGUGCGGGAAGGGCUUCACCCGGCUGUCCAUCCUGCUGACCCACCAGCGGCUCCACACCGGGGAGAGGCCGUUCGCCUGCUCCGAGUGCGGGAAGGGCUUCAGCGACUCGUCCACCCUGCUGCGGCACCAGCAGGUCCACACCGGGGAGAGGCCCUUCACCUGCUCCGUCUGCGGCAAGGGCUUCACCCAGUCGUCCACCCUGUUCUCACACCAGCGGGUCCACACCGGGGAGAGGCCGUUCAGCUGCUCCGUCUGCAGCAAGAGCUUUACCCGCUCGUCCACCCUGCUGACCCACCAGCGGAUCCACACCGGCGAGGGGACCUUCACCUGCUCCGAGUGCGGGAAGGCCUUCACUAAGUUGUUGAAACUGAAGUCCCACCAGCGGGUCCACACCAGGAAGCGGCCCUUCACCUGCUCCGUCUGCGACAAGGGCUUCGCCCGCUCGUCCGACCUGCUAACCCACCAGCGGGUCCACACCGGGGAUAGGCCGUUCAGCUGCUCGGUCUGCGGCAAGAGCUUUACCCGCUCGUCCGACCUGCUAACCCACCAGCGGGUCCACACCGGGGAGAGGCCGUUCAGCUGCUCGGUCUGCGGCAAGAGCUUUUCCCGCUCGUCCAACCUGCUGACCCACGAGCGGCUCCACACCGGGGAGCGGCCCUUCACCUGCUCCGUCUGCGGCAAGGGCUUCACCCGCUCGUCGCACCUGCUGCGGCACCAGCGGGUCCACACCGGGGAGCGGCCCUUCACCUGCUCGGUGUGCGGCAAGAGCUUUACCCGCUCGUCGCACCUGCUGACCCACCAGCGGGUCCACACUGGGGAGCGGCGCUUCACCUGCUCAGUCUGCGGCAAGGGCUUCCCUCACUCGUCCACCCUGCUGCAGCACCGGCAGGUCCACACCGGGGAGCGGCCCUUCACCUGCUCCGUCUGCGGCAAGGGCUUCCCUCACUCGUCCGACCUGCUGCGGCACCAGCAGGUCCACACCGGGGAGAGGCCGUUCAGCUGCUCGGUCUGCGGCAAGAGCUUUACCCGCUCGUCCGACCUGCUGGCCCACCAGCGGGUCCACACCGGGGAGAGGCCGUUCAGCUGCUCGGUCUGCGGCAAGAGCUUCACCCGCUCGUUCAACCUGCUGGCCCACCAGCGGGUCCACACUGGGUAGCGGCCCUUCACCUGCCUGGUCUGCGGCAAGGGCUUCCCCCAUUCGUCCGGCCUCCAGAUCCACCAGUGGGUCCACACGGGGGAACAUCCUUCCGAUAGACCAGAAGUGCACAUAAUACAGAGAAACUUCGAUUAUCCAGAAUUAGAUGAACCAGCACGGUGGCUCAGUGGUUAGUGCUGCUACCUCACAGUACCAGGGACCCGGGUUUCAUUCCUGCCUCAGGCGACAGACUGUGUGGAGUUUGCACAUUCUCCCCGCGUCUGCGUGGGUUUCCUCCUAGUGCUCCGGUUCCGUCCCACAGUCCAAAGAUGUGCAGGUCAGGGUGAAUUGGCCAUGCUAAAUUGCCCGUCGUGUUAGGUAUAUUAGUCAGAGGGAAAUGGGUCUGGGUGGGUUACUCUUCGGAGGCUCAGUGUGGACUGGUUGGGCCUGUUUCCACACUGCAAGGGAUCUAAUCGUCAAGCGACUGAAAUACACCCUGCAUGUGUCCUUUGGAUAAUCGAGGUUCCUGUGUAUUCCAAAAGUGGCCUAACCAACGUCCUGUCCAGACCCCAACCCCUAUACUCAGUGCUCUGGCCAAUAAAGUGAUCUGCAGAAUCUGCGGGACUUGCUUAAUCCUGGAAGGUAAAUCACGUGUUUCUCCUUCUCUUGCAGGUGGAUCCAAGAUUUCACUCUCUGUCCCAUUGAGUCUCCAGUCAGGUCCUUCAGCUCAACUGGUCUCUCUCAGUAUUUCUGACCCAUGUGAGCCUCUACGCACCUCCCCCUUCACUUGCUCACACUUGAUUUCCCUUACAGCAGCAUUCCCUUCAGUUCCUUUCUCCCUGACAUCUGUAUCCAGCUUCUCCUUAAAUGCCGUCCACCUCGACCUGCUACUGUGGGGGUCAUUCCCGCUGCAGACAGAGGUCUCUCCUUUGUAACCUCUUCAAAAGAUUUACCGCUGACUUCCCCCUUCAGUCUUUUCUAUUUCUGGGUCUCCCCGCUGUUGCGAAACUUGGAAUGGUUCAGAAAAGAUUUACAAGGAUGUUGCCAGGGUUGGAGGAUCUGAGCUACAGGGAGAGGCUGAACAGGCUGGGGCUGUUUUCCCUGGAGCGUCGGAGGCUGAGGGAUGACCUUAUAGAGGUUUACAAAAUUAUGACCGGCAUGGAUAGGAUAAAUAGGCAAAGUCUUUUCCCUGGAGUUGGGGAAUCCAGAACUAGAGGGCAUAGGUUUAGGGUGAGAGGGGAAGAUAUAAAAGAGACCUACAGGGCAACUUUUUCAUACAGAAGGUGGUGUGUGUAUGGAAUGAGCUGCCAGAGGAAGUGGUGGAGGCUGGUACAAUUACAACAUUUAAGAGGCAUUUGGAUGGGUAUAUGAAUAGGAAGGGUUUGGAGGGAUAUGGGCCGGGUGCUGGCAGGUGGGACUAGUUUGGGUUGGGAUAUUUGGUCGGUAUGGACGGGUUAGACCGAAGGGUCUGUUUCCGUGCUGUACAUCUCUUGACAAAGCCUUGUCUGAGGGUGAAAUGUUGUCAUUCCCGUUGAUGUGGGUGGUCCCCUGUCUGUUGUCCUUUUUGUUUCCUUUCUCGGAAAGGACGUCGCGGACAUGGGCAGCGUUCCCGAGCCCCGCUCCGGAACGGGCUGUUCCGUCCUCUUCCAGGCCCCGGGGUGGGGGGAAGGGGCAGCUUGAGUGCAGUGGGAGAGUGGGCCGUUCACCGGGAGGGUGCCAAUGGGACGGGAGAGCGGUACCGGUAAUGGGGCGAGGGGGAGAUGCCUCAGACCGCCAGAAACACUGGGGCAGCUGCUCGCGUGCUCCUUUUGGAUCUCACAGCACAGGGAGGCCAUUCAUCUGAUUACCUCCCCGUCUCUGUCUCUCUGGCUCUCUCUGUCUGUGUCUCUGCGUCUGCCUCUGCGUCUGUCUGUCUCUCUGAGGUGACAGCGGAUUCCAGCAUAUUGCUGCUUGCUGGGUAAACCUGUUUUUCCUCUGUUUUCCCCCUCUCUCUCCUGCUCAAACCCCUGAACUUCAGGCCGCCCCUGACCCUGUCACUAUCAGUGAAUGGGGAACAGCUUUUCUUCCUCCACCUUAUCUGAACCUAUCACAAUCUUCCCCACUUUCACCAGUUGUAUCUGUGUGUGACCCUCUCUUUCUGUGUCUCUUUCUCUCCUAAGCCCCCUCCCUCACCACAUCCCAUUCACCCACCCCCUCCUGUCAUGCUCCCACUUUCAAACGGUCUCGUUGUGUUUUCACUGCCUCUUCCCCAUCGUUUCCGUCAAGCACCUCAUCUCACGCUUAGAACCCCUGCAGUGUAGGAGCAGGCCCUUCAGCCCAUCCAACCCACACCAACCCUCCCUCACCCAGAUCUCUGCCCGUAACCCUGCAAUUCCCAUUGACUAACCCACCUAGCCUACACAUCCCUGGGCACUAUGGGUAAUUUAGCACGGCCAAUGCCCCCUAACCUGCACAGCCCUAGGCACUAUGGGUAAUUUAGCACGGCCAAUGCCCCCUAACCUGCACAUCCCCAAACACUAUGUAAUUUAGCACGGCCAGUCCACCCAAACCUGCACAUUCCCUGGAUAGUAUAGGACAAUUUAGCAUGGCCAAUCCACCCUCACCUACACAUCCCUGGACACUAUGGGUAGUUUAGCCUGACCAAUCCACCCAAACCUGCACAUCCCUGGAUACUAUAGGACAAUUUAGCCUGGCCAAUCCUACACUAAGGGUGGAUUGGCCAUGCUAAAUUACCCAUAGUACCCAGGGAUGUGUAGGUUAGGGUCGAUUGGCCAUGCUAAAUUACCCAAUCCUACACAUCCCUGGGUACUGUUAGGAUAAAAUAGGUCAAGGGAGGGUGGAGCUAUAGCUGCUGUUUGGGGAAUUGAAACUGUAGCUGUAGCUGCUACUUGGGAAAUCGAAACUGUUGCUUACGUGGCCAGCUCAGCUGCCAACGCCCAAAUGAGCUCAAUAACAGGAAACGCCUAGCAAACGCGAAAUGUCCUAAUAAGGCAAUGCUUAGUAGCUCUGCGAAGCUCUGCUUAGCAAAGAGUAUAUCAGGAGCAGAUUUGGGAGGGGAAGGCAGAACGCGCCUUCUCCAGUGAAUGCAUGGUGAUUCACUGUAUCAGCUACGAUUCUGCAAUAAAGCCUGCUUGUGCCAAACAAUUGAGCAUCUGUUGUCUCUCCUCCUAAAACGAACAUGCAAGGACAAAUUCCGUCCUAACAUUUGGUGACUCCCAACACGGGGAGGAAAGAGAUAACAGUUGGCAGACCGGUUAGCAGACAACCUUCGGCGCCGAAUCUUAUUAAGGUAUGGAAGUGCCUGUUACAUCUAAAACUUCCAGUAGUUAAUUUUUGAGUUAGUUCUUGUCUGCUUUCUGAUCCUCACCAACCCAAAUUGAUUUAACCGGGCCACAGAGGCACAGAAUCUUGGCUGGUAAGUCAUUUUUUUUUAAUCUAAAGUAGUGUAAAACUUGGAAGUAAUGAGAGCCUUUGACAUUAAAAUUCUCCACGUAUUUUUAAAAUUCUCCUGCGUGGAGGGGUGGGGGUAUCACGUGGAACUUGGAAUUAAUAAACGCGGGAGACGUGUGGAACUCGGUGGUAACGAGGACCCCGUAGCACAGACUUUAAAAUUCCUAGAAGUGAGGGGCAUUGGGUAAGGAGAGAGACAGAGGACAGGGGACAGAGACAGACAGAAACAGAGAUACAGAGAGACCGACACAGGAAGAGAGUGAGAGAGAAAGAGGGAGAUAGAUAAAGAGAGACAGAAGGUAAUAAAGACAAAGGGGAGAGAAACAGAGAAAAGGGAAGAGAAAGCAAGAGAGAAGGAUAGAGAAAAAGGAUUGCGAGAAAUAAGGGUUAGGGGUAAGGAGACUCGCAGCAGCCAGCGAAGAGAGAGAGAGCGAGCCGAUCUGUCCCAGCAGCCUUAGAGAGAGAGAGAGUGAAAAGAGCUGUACAACUGACAAGGUUUAACCCUUUGAUUUGGUUUGAAUGCACAUUUUUUUUUGUUGGUGAUUGAAUGUGUAAGUUUUAUUCCCUGGAGCUUGAGUUCCAGGACUGUUUUAAAUGUGAUUUUUAUGGAAACUUAACAUGAUUUUUUUUUAAGGUUGAUGACUUCUGUUCUUUUAAAAGUCAUGACUGCCUUACUAUCCGAUUCUAACUAAUCUCUUUUAUCUUUACAUAAAAGCAAUGUAUGGAGGACAGUUGAAGUUUCAGUUCAACAGUAGGUUGUCGUAAAAACGAAAACUUCCAUGGUUAUUAUCUGUGACCUUGGAUUCGGCCAUUGUUCAUGCAUUAGAAGUUUUUUUUUUAACUUGAAUUGGCAAAUUCUUGUAAGACAGCUCUGAUUAUUUUACGACCUAUAGUAUUGUAAUUGAGUAAUGAUUGGUCAGGAGUACUUAAGAAAACUAAUUUUGGAUCUAAAUUAGGGGACUAAAACUGGGUGAUUACAGUGAAUUUCAAAAUUGGGAACUGUAUGAAUUUUACAUUUUAAAUAUUGAAUACUGAAUAAAUGGACGUAAAUAUAUAAAUAUGUUUACAAGUUAGGAACAGGCUUUAAAGUUAGUCAAGCAUGAAUUGAUAAAUUGGUGUUUGAAGUUAUGGGAAGCUAGGAACAUUGCAAUAUUUCUUAAAAGAAAGAAAAAGGGAAGAACGUAACGACUUGUCCCCUUCGGGAAGUACCAAUAGGGGACAAGGAGAUUGGGUUUGUGUGUGUCCCCCUCACCAGUGGGGAGGUCGGAACAUCUAAAAGGAAAUGACGGUCCUGGUUGAGAAUCCGAUAGGAUUGUCAGAACAAAUUGAUCUAUUUUUGAGGCCCAGUCUGUAUAUGUGGGCUGAGUUAAUGUCUAUUUUGAAUAUACUAUUUACUGGGGAAGAAAGGGGACUUAUAUGGGGAUGCUGGACAGGGAAAGAUACAGAAGAUAGAAGGGUGGAGUGGGAAAAACCCAUUAGAUGAAUUGUUAGGAGAGGCACAGAAAGUGUUUGUAAAGAGAGAGGACGAGAGACAGAAGCAGAAGGCGAAAAUGACGGUCGCUGCGGUUGAUGAGGUAAUUAGGAGAAGAAUGGAACCAAGAGUGAGCAACCGGAGCAGCGGGUGACAGCAUGUAGGGCAGAGAGGAAAGGGGAUAGGGAGAGACAAGGAGGAGCAUUUGGUAGAGGGUUUGAGCGACAGGGACAGAGAUGAAGGUCUCCACAGGCAGGAUGCCAUUAUUGUGGAAAGAUAGGGCAUUUUAGGCGGGAGUGUCCUGAUCUAUAAAGGGAAAAGAAAGAGCCAUUCCGCUUAUGAUUUUGAUAACGACGGGGAGGGGGACAACAACUGGCAUCAUUUCUGAGCAGUCAGGGGUUAACAACCCAGUCAUAGAUUGGCUGAAUAGUACAUUCGGUAGAUGGGGAACUGUGCUGGGACAGCUGGCCCUUGGUUUAUGCAUCUCUGUUGCUAUCUUUAUUACCUGUGGUGGUUGUUGUAUACCAUGUAUCAGGACGCUUGUGACACGACCGAUUGACCGUGCCCUGACGGGAAAGGAUGGCCCCCACCCGCAUACCAGGCAGCGGUGCUGGUGGAGCCUGUGAUGGGGGCACCCCAAGGAAAGAUUACAGGAUCGAAACCAGAGGGAAUGGAGGAGCUAUGCCUGAGAGAGAAACGCGGGACAAUAUAUGAUUUUGCUUUAUAACUGUGUCACUCAUUUCUAAUCCUUCUCCUUUAGGGCCUCAGAAUGUGAGGGCUGUGGUCCAAGGACCCCCUAGUUAUAUAUUUUUCCUGUUUAAAUUUGCAACAGAUAAAUUUGUGCUUUUAUGCUGCAGUUAGAGAUUGUGAAGUGCUAUAUGCCUCAAGACUCAAGAAACUAUUGUUCACCCAAGAGAUUCCUAGCCAUCAUCUGGUAUUCCUAAAUGGCUUCGAUUGGUCUCGAAAGCCAUUGAUCACAGUAAUAAGCCAGUUGCCACUGCCCGUGUCCAUCCUUAACGUCUGUGAAAUGGAUGUGGGUUUUUGUUGGUCAGUGAAGAUGACUGGUUAGCCAGUGACGGGUAAGAUUCCUCGAGCGAGGAACAACCUAAGACAGGCACAGUCGUGCAUUGGCCUUCAGAAUAGUGGCCUGUGGUCAUGUGGUUUUAGCAGAUCCCUGGCCUUUGCAUCCGUGUCGGGAAUCUGAUUAAGUUUCUGGCUUGCAAAGCAGCUUGAUAGAAGGAAAAUCGUGCACUCAGUACAUUGUAUUCGCUGUAUUUUUGACAAAUGAAAAUGCCAGUUUUAUGGCAGCUUCCAGAACCGACUUAACAACAAACCUUUGGGAAGGAAGGAGAGCUCAUUGAAUCCUAUUACAAAAGAUUUGACACGAUGUCAGUAGUUUAAAAUUAUUUUAGGAUGUCAUGAUAUAAUACGACCAAUUUUAAUGAGUAGUUGUACAAUUAGGUGUUCUUUGGACAAGAGACCUUCAUUCUGCAGGCAUCCUAACUCAUCCACUUUGUGUUUUCCCUGGUUCUCUUCCUUUUGUUAUCAUGCUCAGUUUCACUGGGUUUUUUUUAUCGUUGUGUUAGUUUUGAGAUACCUUUUUGUAGUUGUUUUCUUUAAAAGAAAUAACCUAGAAUUGCCUACUAAUUGUUAAUUUUCGCUUGUUGCUUGUUUUGUUGCAGUAUGCUGCUUAGGGACCCCUUCACCCUGAACUAAUGUGUCCCUAGAACCGGUCGGCCUAGUUGAGAUAACGUGUUCGGAGAAGCCAAAGGGACGUUUGGGGGGCGUCCGCCGACACACCCGGCCCCGGUUGCUGCGCGACAUUGCGUUUGUAGCGGUAUGGGUUGAUGUGGCCUCAGUAGAGGCCAAGGGAGGGAAUGUUGGGAUGGAAAUCUAAUAAGCCUAGGGAGGGUAGAGUUGUAGUUACUGCUUGGGGAAUCGGGGGCCGCUGCGGAGCGGUUGUUUGGACUGCUGACCGAAACUGCCUGUACAGCUGGACUGUUGUUUACCAGACUGGAACUGUCUCGUAGACAGCUACCAAGGUCAGGCAACACUAUGGCCGGCUCUUCUCAGCGUAGCUGCCGAGGCCAUAACAGGUGGCUGAGCUGUUGUUUACCAGACUGGAACCGUCUCGUGGAUAUUUGCCAAGGCCGAAUAAGCUCUGUCACAGGAGACGCUUUGUGUGCGAGAGAUCACGUGUGCGAGUAGUUACGUAGCUUCGCAAAAAAUAUAUCAAGUGUGGAUUUCUGGGGGAAAAACAGAAUGUGCACCUUCUCCAGUGAAAGCAUGUAUUUCACUGUAAUCAGCUACGAUUCUGCGAAAUAAAGAACUUGCUUGU